AAGAGUGCAGCUCGCGACGAUCACACGCCUCUCAUUAGAGCAGGCGGAGGAGCCCAGCUGCAGCAGCGCGGAGUUUUAACUUCUUCUGUUUUAAAUCUCUCACAAAUAAUCAUCAUGAUCAUCGUCAUUGAGGAUCAGGCAGGUUUUGAUAAAGCUCUGGCAGAUGCAGGCGAUAAGCUGGUCGUGGUGGACUUCACAGCCACGUGGUGCGGGCCUUGCCAGAGUAUCGCUCCUUUUUACAAAGGACUGUCAGAAGCACAAGACAACGCCAACGUGGUCUUCCUCAAGGUAGAUGUGGACGAUGCACAGGAUGUGGCUCAGUCCUGUGAGAUUAAGUGCAUGCCAACAUUCUACUUCUACAAGAACGGAAAGAAGAUCGAGGAGUUCUCUGGAUCCAACCAGACGAAGCUGGAGGAGCUUGUAAACAAUAACAAGUGAACCCUGAGAAAUGUGUAGAGCAUGAAGUAUAUAAAUAUAAGCUUGAUCCAGACACACCUCCUAUCAGUCCCAUAGACUUCACUAACAAGCACUCAUCUGGUUGUAGAAGUAGUAUGUUCGAAUAUGUAUGCCUUACUCCAGUCAUUGUACUGUGUUGUGUGUUUUUUUUU